CGCGCCAGUAUUCAGCCCGCGACCAUCGCGAGUGUACGCGCGACGUCCGCUAUUUCGCCUCGCCUCGCCUCGCCUCGCCUCCUUUCGUUUCGCCUCCAAAAGUGAAUUUUUGUAUCGACGUGCACACACACGUAUACGCGUUAUAUAUAUAGAUAUCGGUGAGAAGAACCAAUUCGUCCGAUCUUUCCUUCUCGAUAUUCUUAUCCUCCCUUCUCUCUUCCUCCUUGCCCUCUGUCUUCUUUAUUUACGCAAACCGACACAUUGCUCCGUCCAACGCUCGUGAAAACAAUUCGACCCCCUCGUUUCUCUUCGCACGUUCUAGUCUAACAGGUAAAAAAUGAAUCUUGGAUCUCGUGCGACGUUCGAAUCGAUCUCGUCCCAAUUUCUUACGUCUUUUCCACGAUAUCGAUCGAAAACUCGACUCGCUCGUUUAUCAAUAUCGCAAGUUAUCCCGAUUUUCGUCCUUCUCGUCUCGUGUAUCGUCCUCUCUUUUCUAACUUUUUCUUCUUCUUUCCAAAUCGAUCCGAGAUACUCGAAAUUGUUACUUUGCCCGAAUAAAGCGUGUUUUUUUUGGAGAGAGGAAGAAAAAAAGUAAAAUCGUUUCGAUCGAAAGAUCGUCGUAAUAUUUUGACGAGGAGGGAAAGUGGCGCGUCACGACGUUUCGUUUCACCGCAUAUCGUAUCGUAUCGUAUCGCUUGCCUGCGCCGAAUUUUUAUUUCCAUUUAUCGAAGAAGUUGCGGAGGGUGUGAUACGUGACGCGGCCGCCGGAUGCUCCGUGAUUUCAUCCUCGUGCGGAAUCUUACUCGAAUCGUUGCGUUGGGAUCGGGUAACAGGCCGCUGCGGCUUAACGAGUUGAACGAGUUUUUCUCGGUCGACCGUUCGGUAAUUGGGGAUCUGGUGGCGCGCGGAAUUUCCACCGAUACGAUACUUUUAUCGACGAAUUAAUUCGUAUUGAUUCGCUGUGGCGGAGCACACAGCACGCGAAAAAAAAGAGAGAGGGGAAAAAAAAAAAACCCUCGUGUUUUUUCGCCACACGAGUCGAUGACAUUGACGAGUGUUUUCGAAAAACGUAUAUUCGAGAAGGCUGGUGCAGGUACAAGCCUGCGGUGUAAGAGAUUGCCGCUCGUUUUCGCGAUCAUCUUCGUGAACAAUGCUCGUGAUUGACGAAUGUUGACGAAUUUAACAUUCUGUUGAAAUUAUUCGCACGAUCGAAAGAAACGUUACGGGAUUCUAGAUGGCGUUGAGUCUCGCGCGUUAAUAAAUAAACGAUGUAUUAAACGACUAUACGAGUUGGAAAAUAAACGACGCGAACGAUAUUUCUCGUCGCGUAUAAAUACUUUCCAUUUUUUCCCCCGAUUUUAUCGUUAAAAAAAGAAGAGAAUUUAAUACUUUGGACGAUUUAUAUAUAUAUAUAUAAAAUUCGAGUUCUCUUAAACAAAGAAUCAUCGAUGCAGCGAGUGAAUCGGAUAAAAUUUAUCACCGCUCUUCGUAUUCUUCUCCGUCCACAGUUUUGCGCUUAAUUAUUAACAGGAUUGAACAUUGCCAAGUAUCACGAAACGCGUUAUCGCGAAUUGAAAAAGGAAAAAAACUUUCCAUUAAACAAAUUGCUUCCGCGCAAACGUUUAAAAUUAUCGAUAUACUUUUUCGAAGGGGAUAAGGGAUUGUUCGUUUAAAAAAUUAUUAAAAUCGAUGCCAAAAUAUACGUAGAUUGGGUCGAACGCUCGCAAGAAUUCUCGUUAAUGGAAUAGAUGGUGGGAGAACGAAAAUUGUCGGAUGUUUCCCCGGCUGUUAGUCAACCCGGCAGGACGCGCAACGUUUCCUACUACGUUAGGCGACGAGCAAAGUCCCUCCGGGCUGGUGGGCGUAUUAGCAAAUUCGAUUCGAUGUGGUAACUUGCACCGUUGCUCCAACCAGCGAACAGGGGAUAAUACUAGCGACGACCACGUUUAAUAAACUUUUUUUCGAACCGAUGUGGAAAUUUUCGUAAUCUCGUAUAAAGAAAAAAGGGGAUCGACAAAUGAUCGGAGCGGGGGAGAAAGGUGAAGUCGCGUUUCCACAGCGGGACUAGUUGCUUUCCCGAAACUUUCUCGGGACCCGGUAAAUUCAUUGAUUCCUGCGAAUCAAAACCUCUCCCGUGCCAAGUUUUAAAACUGUUGUAAAACUCGGUCCAAAGACGAGGAGGGAAGCAAGUUCGAUUCGAUGGAGUCGUUGCAAGUCGUGGUCUAAAAUUAUUCUCGAAAGAGAAUCGAGAGAAUCGUUGAUCAAAGGUUUAUCGAUCUCGAACGGAUGCGCGCUUCCUUCGAACGAUUAUUCAUCGUGUAACGAAAAACGGAUAAAAAUCGAUCGGUUGCUUGUCCACGUUGGUAAUCGCGUUGGAUGGUGGUCGUACGGGACGGCGGAUAAUAAGCGUAUUCGGGACGAAGAUUGGAAUGGAAGCGGUGGAAAAAGCGAAACGAUGCGGUAAAUGUCGUUUAAAGCGGGAGAGGAUUGGACAGAGAGAGGAGGAGGAGGAGGUUCAUGCGAUUAAUCACUUAGCAGUUUUAUUCGAUUAUGCGUUCCUACCGGGUCCAGGAUGUCGGCAGGGAUGUGACUAGGAGGAGGAGGAUUUAGGGUAGCGACAAUGGCGCUACUAGGUUGAAAGGAAAGUUAGAGUGGAAAAGGAGCGGAGGGAACACGGAAGCCUUGCUAGUGGUAUUUGAUUUGUAAGCGAAGGCACAACGUUGGAGUUACGCUGUAAGGUUGCUCCACGAGACAGACAGAGAGAGAGAGAGAUACGUGUUCCUCGCCGUGUUCAUCAAUCAUCGGCGAUAAAAUCCAUGGAAAACGUCGAUGCUGCCUUUUCGAUAUGCCAACGGCGUACACUCGUAUCCGUGAUAGAAAGAAAGUGGAUAAGGAAACGGGGGGAAGGGAGAGAGCGGUGUUGGCGGAGCGAUCGGUUCGAUAAUUAGGAUUAAUAUUAUUUAUUCAUUCCUAUCCAAAAAAUAUCUAUUUCCACCAUUUUCGGAGGAUAGAAUAAAGCGCGAGGUCGGUGAUGGAUUAAAUAUCGUUUGGUAUUGCAGACUAGAAGAAGAAAAAGAAGAAGAGGAAGAAGAAGAAGAAGAAGAGUGAGUGUUGAUGAUAUCGAUGUGAGGGAAGAAAAGUGAGAAUAAAAGAAGAAUAAGGGAGAAAGAGGGUAGUGGAAGCGGAAAUCUGGCGAAACGUGAACGGGCGGGUGAUAUGAGUGAAUACAGGAUCUUUCGUGACGUUAAAUGAUCGAGUUACGGCUCGGUCGAAACGAAUCCCGUCGAUUAACCGGCACGCGAUACCGCGCCACGAUUAAAACGUGCCUGCUUCGUGCCCUUUCCCUUGCUGCCGCGAGGAACCCUCCCCCCUCCUUCUCCGCUCGGGAUCGCGUGGAAAGUGAAACAAAGUUGAAUACGGAAGGAGGGAAAAACAGAGUGCGGCCGAGCAGGAAAGGAAAGUUGGAGGAAAAAGGAAGAGAUGCGGUGUCACCUUCUUUUCCCCGUUGUCGUCGCUUUCUUCCACGCUCUCGUCCACGCUCAAGGAGGCCCGCGAACGUUUUCUGCUAGGCCUUACCGAGGAGGGCCGAUCGUGACGGCGAGGGCUGUUCUUCAAGGUACGGCGGAAUUGCCAUGCGACAUUCGUCCCCCUCGACAAAAUGAUUCCGCGAUACUAGUGGUUUGGUACAAGAGCGACAUCACGCCUAUAUACAGUUACGACAUGAGGGGUAAACAGUCGGAAAAGGAUUCGCACUGGAACGAUAAGAAUCACUUGAACGAUCGUGCCUUCUUCAGAACGGUUACCGAACCGGCGACGUUAAACAUCAAUCACAUCGAAGAAAGGGACGGGGGUGAAUACAGGUGUCGGGUAGAUUUUGCCAAGAGCCCAACCAGAAAUUCCAGGAUUCAUCUGACGGUUAUAGUACCGCCGCAUAAACCGAAUAUCAUCGACGAGCAUGGAACGAUUGUACAAACGAUAACAGGUCCGUACGAAGAGAACGAGGAUAUGAAAUUGCAGUGUCUCGUGUCAGGGGGUCGGCCAGAACCGAAAGUAAAAUGGUGGCGUGGAGAAAUGCUUCUCGACUCGACCGACGAGCCGGGAGAAUUCCCAUCCCUUCGUAGAAACACUUUAAUAGUAAAACAACUUUCAAGGGCUGAUCUUCACGCUGUAUUUAUUUGCCAAGCAUCCAACAACAAUAUCAGUCAACCUGUUUCAGCGUCCGUUACCAUUGAAAUGCAUCUGAAGCCAAUGUCCGUAACGAUAUUGAGCAACGAUACACCACUUAGCGCUGGCCGAAAGUACGAUAUAAAUUGUAUAACCGUUGGAUCGAGGCCACCGGCCAAGUUAUCUUGGUACAUGAAUGGAAAGAAAUUGAAUAAUCACACGGAGAAGGUGUCUCAAGAUGGAAACACGACCAGUUCCACGUUAAUCCUGAAACCAACUUUAUCCGAUCACGAUAAAAUGAUAACUUGUCGAGCGGAAAACUCUAAGAUUCAACGAAGUAUAAUGGAAGAUACGUGGAAAUUAAACGUAUUUUUCGUUCCAAUUUUACAUCUCAAGCUAGGAUCGAAUAUGAAUCCGGACGACAUCGAAGAAGGCGAUGACGUGUAUUUCGAAUGCAAGGUCCAUGCAAAUCCUAAUGCUUACAAGGUCAUAUGGAAACAUAACGGAAACGUUAUUCAGAACAAUGCGAAAAACGGUGUGAUAGUGCAGGAGUACAGCUUGGCUCUGAGGAAAGUGAAUCGUUCUCAAGCAGGCAAUUACACUUGUAUCGCUAGCAACGUCGAGGGAGACGGUUACAGCAAUACCGUCGAACUUAAAAUUAUGUACAAACCUAUAUGCUUGCCGGAUCAAAAACGGAUUUACGGCGUAGCGCGUCACGAAGACGCCCGGAUAAGUUGCAACGUUGAGGCGUAUCCACCGCCGGACAGUUUUCGUUGGACGUUCAACAACACGGAAGAAAUGGUGGACGUGUCCGAGUCGAAGUACAAGAACUCGACGCGCCGUAGUCAGAGCAUCCUUGUUUAUCGGCCGAUGACGGAGAUGGAUUAUGGUACGGUCUCGUGUUGGGCGAGCAACACCGCCGGCCAACAGAACAACGCAUGCGUGUUUCACAUCAUUCCGGCCGGAAAACCCGAGUCUCUGUACAAUUGUACGUUGUCCAAUCAAACGACCGAGUCUCUCUCGGUGGAGUGUUGCGUCGGUUUCGACGGUGGCCAACCGCAACACUUCCUUCUCGAGGUGUUCGAUCAGCAAACGGGAAUAUUGCAAGCAAAUAUCACGUCGAAAAGGAACGCCGCUUUCACCGUUCGCGAUUUAGAGGCUGGAAAAGUUCUCAAUAUGGUUUUGUACGCUGUAAAUGCGAAAGGAAGGAGCGAGCCGACCUCGUUGGAAGGAUUCACGUUAAAGGUCGCUGAGAAACAGACUGGUAUACCGGUACCGUUUGAGAUCACUCCGUUAUUAGGAGGGCUGAUCGGUGUAGUGACCGCGUUACUUUUCGUUACCAUAGCUACUCUGGUAGCUAUGAAGAUAAGAAACGAGAGGAGGGCUCAGAGGCCGAGCGAUCUACCGUUAAAGAAGAGUGCCGUUCCUAGUUCCGAGGAUUUGUACGAUACCGACGACAGAAAUCCGGACGUCGUCCCCAUAAACAAAGGUGGUGUUAAAUUUAAAGGUUCGGAUUAUCAAUUGACUGGAUCGAUAUCCGGCACUCCGUUGGCUACGCAGAGCACGCCAGAUAGACUGCCAUCGACUUCGCUCUCUAUACAACAAGUGACUCAUCUGCAAGGAUUAUCACCGUAUUCGCAAGAGUACAACAAUUAUCCAACAUUGUCGUUAUCGAACGAGGUAACGUACGCCGAACUGUGCCUGUCACGGCCAACGGCAUUGUCGACUUUGGCAACCGACACCAAGUUGACGGGUAUCGUAAGCGGAAUCGGGAGUUUAAGCACCCUGGAGGGUUACGGAAAACCGUGCACCAGAGAAACGACGAUUUACGCUUGUAUAGAUCACAAUACGAGGCCGUUAAAAGGCGAUCCCUCGCCGCCUUCUCUGCCGUUCACAUUGGCGCCACUAUCGACGAGAAGUACGUUCCAAGACUGUAACGUUUCGACCAUGAGUGGCAAACAUCCGACCAGAGAGGUUGUUACCGUUCGUACACCUUUGAUAUCGACCCAAGAGAGUUGCGUAUAGGGAUGCGAUUCCGACGCGCUAAAUAUCAACGAGUACUACGUUUGAUCGUGUGAUCAAUCUGCGCGUCUAGUUACGAAAUUUAUGGUUAUUUCUUUAACCAUUUGUCCUACCACGAUGAAAAUCUACCACGCACACGUACACGGAUAUACAGACGGAUACAUACAUCAUACAUCACAUACGUACAUACAUACAUGCGUACUCGUGUAUAUAUGCUAUUUAAUACCUAUAGGAUAAGCGUGUAAAGUAGUUAAUAAAAUCAAUGUCAAGUGGACUGAUCAAUCGUUAAUUGUCGAAUAUUAAUUGUGAAACAAAGUAGAGAAUAAAUACGAAGGAACAAUGAAUCGUCUUAAUCGUAUUUAAUGAUAAGAGCGUGAUAUUAUUGUUAAUCCACAAAUUGUUCAAGGAUAUUGAUCGGUUACAUUGAAAUUUGUUCAAUAAGACUGAUUUGAAAUUUGCGAGCGCUCCACUUAUUCCACUAAAGAACUAAAAAAAAAAAACUGUUUUUUGCUGCUAUUAAAAAUGCGAGAAAAAGGAAAAAAGGAAAAGGAAGAAAAAGUGUCAAAUAAGUUGCGGCCGCAUGAUUUCAGGAUGAUGUAUUUAAUAAACGAGUGAUCGUUUCGUACGUACGUAAAAUCUUUUUUCACGGUAUUAUUGUAAAUUUUACAUGCGCAAAAGUUGGAACGUAAGGAACGUGUCGUGAUUUAGAAAUUAUUUUUCAACUUAAUUGUGCGUGAUAUAUUUUGAACUACGGAACGCGUAGAUAAUCCAACAUCACAAUCUUUUUUUCGAUAUCCCACAAACGCAAACACGAUUGAUAAUAUUCGUUUUGUUUCGAAUGAUUUUACUCGAUAAAAUUUCUCGUAUGAAACUUUCUUAAAGGAGACUGUGAUGUUGAGGUAAACGACCAGAGGAUUAGGACCAGUUUAAUUUUUCUCUCUUAUAUAUUUGUUAAUUAACAAAUCGAUUAGAACUAGUCUGUCGGUAAUAUCGGAGAUGAGUAAAGUUUCUUCUUUAUUUCUUAUAGAGAACAUAGGAAUUCCAAGUUGUUCGGUCUAACAAAUGUGUAAAUAUUUUAUACCUAAUAAAACUUUCUUCCCCAUUUUUUGAUAA